AGAGGAAAAAAAAAAAAAAAGGGGAAAAAACAAAAGAAGAAAUAAAAAGUCUGGCGUCUUUGCUGCAGAAUUCACAUUUGGUGUCUGCCCUUUUUUCGUUUGGUUCUCCCUCGAUGCAGCUCUGCCUCUGUCUCUUCUUCUUUUUCUCCUGCAACUCCAUCGUCGACCCCUUUUCCUGCAAAGCUUCCUUCUUUUUGAAUAGGAGAGACCCAUGUCUGGUUUGUACAAUAACUCCAACUUUUCUCCUGCAAGAGCUGCUUCUCCCCAGAUUAGAGGCACUCCGGAUAUCGACAGUACCCAGUACUUGUCGGAGCUUCUCGCCGAGCAUCAAAAGCUCACUCCUUUUACGCAGGUUCUCCCGAUAUGCAGUCGACUGUUGAAUCAAGAGAUAUUUCGGGUUUCUGGAAUGAUGUCCAACCAAGGAUUUGGUGAUUUUGAUAGACUCCGACACAGAAGUCCCAGUCCCAUGGCUUCUUCUACUCUUAUGUCUAACGCCCCUAGUACUGGAUUAGGCGGCUGGAACGGCCUUUCUCAGGAGAGACUUAGCGGAACUCCUGGCAUGACGAUGGACUGGCAAGGUGCACCGGCAAGCCCUAGUUCGUACACUGUGAAAAGGAUAGUGCGUCUGGAGAUUCCAGUAGAUUCCUAUCCAAAUUUCAAUUUUGUGGGAAGGCUUCUUGGCCCUAGAGGCAACUCAUUAAAACGCGUAGAAGCUACCACAGGCUGCCGUGUGUACAUCAGAGGGAAAGGGUCAAUCAAGGAUCCAGAGAAGGAAGAGAAGCUACGGGGAAGACCGGGAUACGAGCACCUGAAUGAUCAGCUUCACAUCUUAAUAGAGGCAGAUCUCCCAGCAAAUAUAGUGGAAAUAAGGCUGCGGCAGGCUCAGGAAAUCAUUGAAGAGUUGCUGAAGCCAGUGGACGAGUCUCAAGAUUACAUAAAGAGGCAGCAGCUGAGGGAACUGGCAAUGCUGAACUCAAAUAUCAGAGAAGAGAGUCCAGGGCCAAGUGGCUGGGGCAGUCUUUCCCCUUUCAACUCAAGCAGUAAACACUCAAGAGGCAGAGUGGCAGUGCAUGUCAGUCAUAUGCAAUGGGGUGCACAUUGACCGUUCAUGGCUGCAUUUGUAAGCCAGCCUCCCACCAGCGCACGCCGGUGAGCCAACCAGUGGCUUUCUUCAUUUCAUUCCUUCUUGUUUGUUAUAAUUAUUUUUUAUUCUUUUGUCUUUAUGAGACAGCAACACACAAAAAAAUGCUCAUAGAUUACCCGGAGAGGUUCAAGAAGAAGUGUGGAAGAGAGAGAGAGAGGAAUGGUGGUGGGUGAUUGAAAUUUUUUAUUGUAAAAUAUAAAGAUAUGAGUUGAUUGGAUUGAUUCUUGUGGUG